AUGUGUAGUACGUACUUUUGGAACUCUAUGAAAACGAAAACUAUGAAUAGCAGGGUUGUUAAUAUGUUAUUAAUGGUGGAGUAUUUGGCGCAACCAAGAAGAAAAUGAAGUGGGGAGCAAGGCGUCUCUGCAGAUUUAGCAAUAGGAGGGGAUUGCUAACCAAUUGCCAUGCCCAACGUAGUUCUCUGAAAUCUCUCCCUAACGAAGCUAUUUUUCUAGAAGCAGCUUUUCAAACAACAGCCAAAUACUAUACAUGCCUCCUCGAAGCUUGCAUCCGAUCGAAGUCGCUCUCCCAAGGCAAGAAAAUUCAUCAAAUUCUCCUCAAGAACAGCACCCAUUUCGCAGAUUCCACUGUACUCGAGAAACUUACCCAUUUGUACAUUGAAUGUGACGAAGUCGAACUUGCGCGCCGCGUGUUCGAUAAAAUUUCUAAUCCGACUGUUAUUAUAUGGAACCUUAUGAUAAGAGCUCAUGCGUGGCAUGGGCCCUUUGAAGAAGCCAUCCGUUUGUACUAUCGGAUGUUUGAUAGAGGUGUUAGACCGACCAAAUUCACGUUCCCGUUUGUUCUCAAAGCUUGUUCCGGUCUGCAAGCUAUGGAAGUGGGAAGAGAGGUGCAUGAUCAUGCGAAAGAACUUGGGCUUGAUUCCGAUGUCUUUGUCUGCACUGCUUUGAUUGAUAUGUAUGCUAAGUCUGGAGAUUUAGGUGAGGCGCAAAAAGUUUUUAGUACUAUGUCGCAUAGGGAUGUUGUAGCAUGGAAUGCUAUGAUUGCUGGGUUUUCGCUUCAUGGACUUUAUGAUGAUACCAUACGGUUGGUUGUGGAUAUGCAGAAAGCGGGAACAAGCCCCAACUCUUCAACGAUAGUAACAAUUCUUCCGACGGUUGGACAAGCUAAUGCUUUGCACCAAGGGAAGGCCAUGCAUGCCUACUCUAUGAGGAGGAACUUUUGUAACGGUGUGGUGCUUGAAACUGGGCUUUUGGAUAUGUAUGGUAGAUGUCACUGCAUAUCCUAUGCUAGAAAAAUAUUUGACAUGAUGGGUAUCAAGAAUGAGGUUUGUUGGAGUGCUAUGAUUGGAGCAUAUGUUAUAUGUGAUUCUAUGAUGGAGGCAUUGGCAUUAUAUGACGAGAUGGUGCAUCAAAGUGUGAUAAAUGCAACUCCAGUCACUCUUGCGAUUGUACUUCAAGCUUGCGCAAGCCUAACCGAUUUCAGCAGAGGAAGACGCUUACAUUGUUACGCAGUCAAAUCAGGGUUAGAGUUGGAUACAAUGGUAGGUAAUACCUUUCUUUCAAUGUAUGCAAAGUGUGGGGUUAUAGAUGAUGCACUCAGGUUCUUUAACCACAUGGUUUGUAAAGAUACUAUUUCCUAUGGUGCUAUUAUGUCAGGGUGCAUGCAGAAUGGUUAUGCAGAGGAGGUUUUAAGAAUUUUUCACCGAAUGCAGUUAUCUGGGAUUGACCCUGACCUCGCAACCAUGUUGGGUGUUCUCCCAGCUUUUUCACAUUUGGCUGCUCUCCAACAUGGGGCCUGUGGCCAUGGUUACUCGAUUGUUCAUGGCUUUGUAGCUGAGACAUCAAUCUGCAAUGCGCUUAUUGAUAUGUACUCAAAGUGCGGGAAGAUAGAUAUAGCUAGGCAGGUUUUUGAUAGGAUGGAUACCCAAGAUAUUAUCUCAUGGAAUUCAAUGAUAGCUGGUUAUGGUAUCCAUGGUCUUGGCAUGGAAGCCCUUUCACUGUUCAAUGACCUUUUAGAAAUGGGUUUAAAGCCAGAUUAUGUGACUUUCAUUGCUCUUUUAUCUGCUUGCAGUCAUUCAGGACGAGUUACAGAAGGGAAAUACUGGUUUAAGACCAUGAGUCGUGAUUUCAACAUUGUACCAAGGAUUGAGCAUUAUAUUUGCAUGGUUGAUCUUCUCGGUCGGGCUGGUCUUUUGGAUGAGGCGCACAGUUUCAUUAGAACAAUGUCAUUCGAACCUGAUGUUCGUUUAUGGGGUGCUCUGCUUGCGGCAUGUAGGAUCCACAAGAAUAUUGAACUUGGGGAAGAAGUAUCAAAGAAGAUUCAAGGAAUAGGACCUGAAAGUACUGGAAACUUUGUCCUCUUAUCUAAUAUGUACAGUGCUGUUGGAAGAUGGGAUGAUGCAGCCUAUGUUAGAAUCAUGCAGAAGGACAGGGGCUUUAAGAAAAGCCCAGGCUGCAGUUGGGUUGAGAUAAAUGGGGUUAUUCAUGCAUUUGUUGGUGGAGAUCGAUCCCACCCACAAUCAGCAUGGAUAAACAGGAAGUUAGAGGAAUUGCUUGUGGAAAUGAAAAGGUUGGGAUAUCGUGCAGAAUCUAGUUUUGUUCUCCACGAUGUUGAAGAAGAGGAGAAGGAAAGGAUUCUCCUUUAUCACAGCGAGAAACUAGCCAUUGCAUUUGGAAUUCUUAGCUUGAGUCCCAACAAGUCCAUUCUAGUUACAAAGAAUUUGCGUAUUUGUGUAGACUGCCAUACUGCCAUAAAAUAUAUUACUCUCAUAACAAAGAGAGAGAUAACCGUUAGAGAUGCAAGUCGAUUCCAUCAUUUCAGGAAUGGAAUCUGCAACUGUGGUGAUUACUGGUGAGGAAGAGGAAUAAACAGGUGGAAGAGAUCUAACAAAGUAACAAGUAACAACGGCUCGGAGUUGUGCCAACGAAUAGCAUGGAGAAGAAGAAAGAGCAGUUGGGUUAAAUAGAUUUUACAAACACAAAAGAGUAAAUGGCAGCAAGAAAUUUAAACCUUGACCCCACAAUUUUGAGAAUUUUCUGGACCAAUUUUGAGCUGGCAACAAUUUAUCAG